GCAACAAGCUUGUACAAGUCAUGGAUGAAGCAGCAGUAGAGUUAAAACAAGCUCUUCCUAAUGAUUUGGAAUCUCUUCAGGUUCACGUAGAAGUUCAUCAAAAAUCAAAUAGCACAGCAAAAACUGAAGAUAUAAGAGCUCAUGUUUUACAGCUGUUAAAUAGACAUUGCGUUGUGUUUGGCGAUUAUUCAUGGACAGAGUUUGAUGAUGUGUUUUUAACGAAGAAUGUAAAUUCGGUGGCCAUUGUAGAUACAGCAUUAAAAGUUAAAGACAGACAGCCUAUUGAUCUUAGCAAAUGCCAUCUAUUUGUCAAUGUUUUUCAUUUAAAUGAAGAAGGUCCCAGUUCAGAAAAUCUGGAAGAAGAAAAUGAGGACCUUGUGGCAGCAAACCACUGGAUUUUGCCUUCUGCUGAAUUUCAUGGACUGUGGGAAAGUUUAAUAUAUGACAAUGAAAUAAAGUCAAAUCUUUUAGAUUAUGUUACAACAACGCUGCUCUUUUCCGACAAAAAUGUUGAUAGCAAUUUGAUUGCCUGGAACAGAGUUGUCCUUUUACAUGGACCACCUGGAACAGGAAAAACUUCAUUGUGUAAAGCACUGUCACAAAAACUAUCUAUCAGACUGUCCUAUAGGUACAGAUAUGGUCAACUCGUAGAGAUUAACAGCCACAGCCUCUUCUCAAAGUGGUUUUCAGAGAGUGGCAAACUGGUAACGAAGAUGUUUCAGAAGAUUCAUGAGCUGAUAGUUGAAAAAGAUGUUUUAGUAUUUGUGUUGAUUGAUGAGGUUGAAAGCCUUACAGCUGCACGUAGUGCUUCUAGGGCAGGCACUGAACCCUCUGAUGCCAUUCGUGUAGUAAAUGCUGUUCUGACUCAAAUAGAUCAUAUCAAAAGGUACCCCAAUGUAGUCAUCUUGACAACUUCAAACAUAACUGAGAAAAUUGACAUGGCUUUUGUUGACCGAGCAGAUAUAAAGCAGUACAUUGGACCGCCAUCACAAGCUGGUAUUUUCAAUAUUUAUGUGUCCUGUAUAGAGGAAUUAAUGAAGUGUCAGGUAAUCUAUCCCAGACAGCAACUUCUUACUCUAAGAGAUCUGGAGAUGAUUGGCUAUCUGGAAAAUAACGUUUCCAAACUUAGUUUGUUAUUGAAUGAUAUUUCCCGAAAAAGUGAAGGACUAAGUGGCAGAGUUCUGAGAAAAAUUCCCUUUCUGGCACAUGCACUUUUCAUUCAAUCUCCUACAGUUACACUUGAAAAAUUCCUUCAAGCUCUGUCACUUGCAGUGGAGCGACAAUUUGAAGAAAGAAAAACGCUCAAGGAAAGCACUUAAAACAUUUUUUUAAUAUAAUGGUCAUCUUCUUUUCUGUUUUAUAUUGUAAAAAUGCUGUUUGAAAUGUUUGAAUGUAUUUGAAAUAUAUGUGAAUUU